AUGACUGCGCAACCACCCACAGCGAUAUAUGCAGAACUGCUUUCAAAUAUCAGACAGAUAUCCGUCGCUGCUUCCUUGUCAUCGCCCGCAGACUCCUCAACAAAAGCAAAAAUCUCACAUGAGGGUCGUCAACUCAACGUGACGCACCAAGACCAGACAGAGAGCAUAACUCUGCCGGCACAAACCUCUGUUUCGGGAGCCUUGCCUGUGGCUAAGACUGGACGCCCGAGUCUAUCGUGGAGGCUUCCAAUUUCGCCAGCAGAAGCUAAGCCUGCUCAGUUCUCUCUAGAAAACCAGGCCUUACCAUGGACAUCUGUUGAUAUAGCUACGGGUUCGCCCAUAGGCUGUCGAAACUGUGAGAACGAGUUUGUUGCUCAAGGCACCGUGACAACAUGGAAAGACUUGCCUAGUGAAAACUGGGCCGAGAUGAUGGAAUUUUGGCAUUGCCAUAAACCUCACGACCAUGAACACCAAGACCCUGAGUCUCUUGCCUCUAAGGGCUACGGUGCCAACCAUGCUAUCUCCGCCCAGAAAGGUACAGGUUUUGUCGAUCUGACUUCAUUCCUCUUUUCAGAAUCCGACUGCCAGGGCUUGAAAUAUUCUUCCUCGAUAAUGGAUGCUGGGUUUGAUCUGUCCUCGUUGGCACUCAACGACGAUGAAGCCAAUAAGUUCCUGCACAUAUUCUGUCGCAAAUGUGCGACUGAAGUAGGUCUAUACAACAUUGCUGCGUCAUCUGUCACUCUGUUCAAGUGGCAGAUCUCCUGUCAAACCAAUACUCCAGACCCAAAGCCAAGCAGUUCGGAGUGCCUUGCAGCCACUCUUUUGGCUACGAUCUCAAGGUCUGGAUCAUCCAAGUCUAUCGUUACACCACAUAUUCUUGGACCAGUAAGAUCUGAGCCACCUGUUACAGAACAGAACCUUCACCUUUGGGUAUUGAACCCCAAUGUCGUGUACACUGCGUCUUCGACCACUGGCCGCAAAACAGCAAUGAAAAUACUAUACAAGCUUAUCGACUCUGCAGAGGGCGAUAAGUUGAUUACAUCCAUGACCUCGGAUGUCCAGGAGAUCACUCUACCUCAAGCAGCCAUCAAAACUGCAGAAGAAAGCUUGCUGUCCAGUAGCCGGCUACUGCCAGCUCAAGAAAGGACUUUCAAGGAGUGGAACGUUGGGUUGCUCGGAAGAUGGGAGCCUUCAUCGUGA